AUGGCAAAGAAGAAAUCAGCUGUACUGAGCAAUAUCUGUUAUUUAGUCUUGAACAGCAAGCCUUUGACCAACAAACAUCGAUUUCUCCGCUAUAUCUUAAAUCCAUUGCUGACAGAACUCAGAGAGAAGACAAUUUCUCAGAAAGCAGAGACUCGUGCUGUUUGGUCUUCAAAAAAUGGUAUAUCAUUGGCAGCAACAGCAAUUGAGAACACAGCAACGUUUUCAGGCGUAAACCAGACGCGGGCUUCUUUGGAUGAUAAUGUGCAACAUGCACGUUUUGCCGAUCUUGCUCGUGGUCGUGCAGCGGAUUCGAUAAGAAGUAACACACAUGGCACUGCGUUUACGUUUGGUAAUUGUGAUGAUAGUCGUGCGGGUCCAAGCGGCUCUAGGGAUGGUGGUAGUGGCAGCAGUGGCAAGAACAAGAGAAGAACAACGCCUUCAUCAUCACCUUUAUCAUCUCAACAAGCCACUUCUACACCAUGGGUUCAUAUACCGACAGAACAGCACCACGAGGAUACAGAAACUUCUUUGGGAAGAAAGCGUGAGAUAUCAAAUAUGAGUGCGACUAUGCGACAAGAAGGACCUGCACGCAAGAAGAGAAGAGGAUCUACAUGCAAUGAUGAUCAGGAAGACGAGUUCCAAGAUGCAGUCGAUACACAUGAUCAACAACAGCAACAACAAACACUGCCACAAGGAGAACUCUUGAAUUCAAUAAACGAAUAUGUCACCAACAUAUUCCGUUCGCGUGGUAGUAGUUAGUAGUUGUGACAGCAACAGAAGAGGAUAUUGAUCGCUCUUCACGUUUAUUUGUAUACCAAUUCCUCUCUCUCUCUCUCUCCU